CAGGCCGGACUUCAGAGGCAACCGCGUAAAUCACCACACUCCGUGCGAUUAAGUAUACGAUCACUCCCUCUCGUGGAGCUCGUUUAACGGCCUCUGCGACUGUCACCACCGUAAACAAAAAAAAAGACCGACGCGGAGCGAAACCGGCUCUCCUGACGAAGAUCCACCGCUCGAUUAGUUGGUGACUACGAGCUGCGAAAUAAACACCUGUUUUUGCGCAGUCGUCGACCGUUCGGAGGUGGAUCGAACUAUUUUUGAGGUGGCAUCUAAGCUUCCCACUAAACGCGCGUCGUCGUUGAGUAGUGUAUAGUUCCGUCACCCAGAGGACACCGUGACGUGGCCAAUUGUUGUGCUGUGGGAGGUUUCGAUUGCAGUUUAUUUUCGUAUCCCAUGGAAACCUGAAAGCGGUGUUAAAAGUGUCCGAAAAACGUAGCCUACUAGGAUGAUGUUGGGAUUGCUGACGAUACUGAGCUGCCUGGCGGUGGUAACACGUGCUCUGGAAGGUGAUGAGUGCCGCUUUGGUUCCGGUGUGGGGGUAUGCGUCGGCUUUACCACGUGCGGUCCGGUACUAAAACACAUCCAAGCCCGAAUCAGUAUUUGCAAUUACACCCCACGUGAGGCCGUCGUAUGUUGUCCAGUCGACUAUCGUUCGCGACUGCAGAAGAUCCGGCAGCAGGCCGAUGCCCUGAGCGUUAGCAUGAGAAAAUGCAAAGAGUACCAACGCCCUGCCACCGUGUACCUCAGCUCGCUGAAACCGAACGCCGAGGUGGUCCAGAAGCAAGCCAAGCAGUGCUCCAACGACAACAAGCUGAUCAUCGGCGGUGAGGCUGCCAAGUGGGCCGAGUUCCCGCACAUGGCUGCCCUCGGAUAUCGGGACGGUCCGAACGAACCCAUCCAGUACAAAUGCGGCGGUUCGUUGAUUAGCGACCACUUCGUCCUGACGGCAGCUCACUGCAUAGGCCAAAGCCUGACGACGGUUCGGUUGGGGAGUUUGAAUUUGCUCUCCUCGGUGACCCACGAGUACGAGGUGGAGGACACUUUCAGCCAUCCGCAGUAUUCGGCCAAAUCGAAGCACAACGAUAUCGCGCUGGUGAAAACGUUCGAGAAGGUGCCGUUCAGCGCGGAAGUAAGGCCGGCUUGUUUGUACCAAACGGCGAAUGUGGCGGAGAAGAAGCUGACGGCGUCCGGAUACGGAGCGAGGGAGAAUUACGGCCCCAGCGCGAACGUCCUCAUGAAGGUGGUCCUGGACCAGUACGAUCGGUCCACGUGCCUCAACUACUACUCGCAGGCCGGAGCGCGUCGCCUCAUCGACAACCAGAUGUGCGUUGGAUUCCAGGCCGGAGGGCGGGACACGUGCCAGGGAGAUUCCGGAGGUCCCCUGCAGAUCCGCGACGCGGAGAACGAUUGCGUCUACCUCAUCGUGGGCAUUACGUCGUACGGUUCGUAUUGCGGCGGGGAAGUUCCGGCCAUCUACACCCGAGUCGGAGCGUACUUGCCGUGGAUCGAGUCGGUCGUUUGGGGCGCUUGACCGCUGCGAGAAAUCGCCGGAGGGUAAAAUGCUAAGUGGGUUCCUAAAGAUGAUUGCAAUAAAGUGAACCGAUGUCUUCGUGUGCCAUUUGCUUGUGCGGCGCAAAUGACGAUGCCGCCGCCGCUUUGUAAUUCAAACGACGCUGAGCCAUAAAUCGGUCGCUCAAAGUGAAAAA